AUGGCCCAAGAAUUCGACUUCAUAGUUGUUGGCGGCGGCACAGCGGGGUGCCUCCUCGCGUCCCGCCUCGCAAAUACGGCAUCGAAACCAAGCGUCGCGCUGCUGGAAGGAGGCGGAGACAUCAGCAAGCCCGAAUACAGACGCACGGCUGAACGCUUCAGCACCAUGGCCCAGCCGGGUCUCGACUAUGGCUAUGCCUCGACGCCGCAGGAGCACGCGAGGAAUCGCGAGGUCCCUCAGGCUCGCGGCAAGGGGCUGGGAGGCUCUAGUGCUACAAACUUCCAGGUCUGGUCGCUCGGUGCGCGUGCGGAAUUCGAUGCCUGGGCUGCGGAUGCUGGUGAUGAUGCUUGGGGUUUCGAAUCCGUGAUUGAGCGUGUGAAAAAGCUGGAAAACCUCCACCUCGAUAACCUCUCCAAGGAGUGGGCCGAAUAUGUGAAGCCGGAUCCGAAGUACCAUGGGUUCUCUGGGCCCAUCGAUGUCUCAAUUGGCCAUGUGGAACGAGAAACCAAAUCCUUCAUAGAUGCUGGGGUUGACCUAGGACAUAAGCGCAAUCUAGAUCCAAACGACGGUGAUCCUAUUGGCUUCUCGCUAAACUCGGCAACUAGUCUGAACGGGGUUCGAGUCACUGGUGCAUCUGCAUUCUUAGAGAAGAAAGUGCCGGCAAGUUUAACAGUCUUGACUGAGAGUCGUGUUAUCAAAAUCAUCUUCGAGAAGGAUCGCGCAGUUGGUGUUCUCAAAGAGGACGGUUCGCAGGUACGGGCAAAGAACGAAGUCAUUUUGUCGGCUGGCGCCCUCGACAGUCCCCGUCUCUUGCUGCUUUCAGGCGUCGGUCCUCGAACGGACUUGAAAGCUCUCGGAAUUGACGUGGUGAAGGAUCUCAAUGGGGUGGGAAAGUCAUUUACAGACCAUCCCAUGAUCGUGACUUGCUUCCAGAUGAAAUCUGGCUUCACAGACAGAAUGGAGCUUUCUGAUCCAACGAAGUACCAGGAGGCGGCGAAGCAACUUGCCGAGAGUGGGAAUGGGCCGCUACUGGGGCAGUUCUCGUCCGUUCCGCAUGCUUUCCUCAAGAAUGAUCGCGCCUACAAGUCUCCUGAGUUUGAGAAGCUCCCUGCAGAUGUGAAAGAUUAUCUGCUAAAGGAUGGCGUCCCUGGCUAUGAGCUCGUGAUUGGCCCCUUGAUCCCUCCUGAUCAUGUCUUCGAAAAGUCGAGCGACGGUUUCUUCUCGGUGUUUGUCGCAAACAUGAAUUCUGUCUCUCGCGGAACAAUCAAGCUUGCUUCUGCGGACCCUAAAGACGCCCCUCUAAUCGAUCCAAAGUAUCUCAGCAAUCCAUACGAUUUGGUCAAUCUGCGAGAAGGUCUGAGGGAGGGGCUGAAUUUGUUGCAGACUAGCGCGAUGAAGGACCACUUCGUUCGACCGAUAUUUGCACCGAAAUCAGGUAGCGACAAGGAUAUCGAUGAGUUCAUUGAAGAGAAUGUGGCAGGAUUAUGGCACCCAUCUUGCAGUGUAAAGAUGGGCAAGAGUGAACGAGAUGGCAGCUGUGUCAACGCGGAUCUUCGAGUCCAUGGACUGAACGGACUGCGGGUUGCCGAUCUAAGUGUUACCUCGAUACUGCCCAGUGGUCGUGAGUUCGCCUUCGGAACAAAGACAUUGUUGACAUCACGGGCAAUAAUUCUUGCGGCAGAGAAAAUCACGCGAGACUACGGAUUGAACAUCAAGAGGAGAGAAAAGCUCUAG